AUGCAAAGACCAAACAUUUCACAGGAUUUGGAGUCUCACAUUUCCAGCAGCACAUCAACAGCUUCAUUUUCCAACUCACCUUACGUUAAUUCAGAGAAACACCCAAUCAAGUCAAAUGUCAAUGGCAAGUCAAGAUGUAAUUUACCUACAAUUCUCUUGCUAUUAUUCAUCCUCACAAGUUUGGUGAUGAUUUUUUAUUUUACAUCCAAGCGAGGAGUUAGAGGAGAAGCUAGAGUAUUCCCUGUCACUUAUCUAGAUGUCGAUUUCACAAAUUCUGAAAAUUUAAAACUCAACCGAGUGAGAGGUCUUUGUAAAAUAUUCUUAUCAACCUAUUAUUUGUUUAAUUAUAAUGAAAAAUCACCUAAUUAUGUUCCACCAACAGUUAUUGGUGCUGACGGUGCUCCUGAAGCAAAAUAUAUAUACGAAACUUACUAUAUCAAGGAAAUUGCUAAUAUUGAUUUGAAAGAUAGUGAGAGAGAUUGGCCUAUUGUGUUUAUUGCUGAAAAGAAUAAGUGGCCACCAAAUGAUUUCAUUCAAAAUAUGUUUACAAAAACACCUGAGGAGGAGAAUAUGGUAGAAAAAUACUACUAUGACAUUAAUGGCUAUAGAGUUAAGAGAAAUUGUGCAUCAGCAAAUGAUAGAAUUUAUUUAAAUAGUGGACUUUACGUUGGAAGAAAACGUGAUAUUCGAAAGGCACUUUCCAUUGGAUUGAAUGUGAAAAGAGGUGAACCAAAGGAAAGAAUUGAAGAUCAAGCGCUAUUCCAAUACAUUUAUGCCACCAAUAAGUAUCCAAUUCUUAUGGAUUGUGAAAAGAAAAUGUUUUACAGUCCAUUCUCAGCUUGUGAUACAAUUGUUAGUGAGGAAGAGAAGAAGUGGUCGUGUUCUAUUCGUGAUGGUCAGGAGGAAACACCAGAUAGUGUUGUCUACGUUCAUUCAAAUGGUGGAUUUUGUUAUUCACUUUGUAAUUGUUUCACUUCAAUGAAACAAAAAGGAAUGUUCAAGAAUUUAAUGGAACAGUAUCAGGACAAGUUGAGUUUCAAGUCGUAUGAUAUUAAUUCUAGAAAAGUGAGAAGUGUUUUGAUGAAAUACGCUUGUGGACACUUUGUUGAUGAAGAUUUCGCUUUGGAUUCAUGUAAUACUCAACCUCCUGCUUAG